AUGCAGGAUCCAGUUCAAUUACAUGAGAACGUAUAUGAAACAUGGAACUUGUCUGAAACAUGCCUUGUUUCAGAGAGUCGAUCAUCUUUGUCCAGCUGUGUGAGUGACACGCCAGAAAAAGCUGCUGUAGCGACAGCUGACCUCUCGCAGCUGACCAUUUUGUCGCCGAAGGUGGUCCGGAUGAAUGGAGCUAAGCAGGUUUUGCAGGUCAGCGUUAACUCAGCCUUUUCACCGAUCACACCAGCGAGACACAUGGCUGUCGGACCAGAUUCAGUGGUGGUCGCCGAACAGCCAUAUGUGGAUUCGGUAUCAGCCGUUGUACGGCCAAAACCUAUUCGGUACCAGAUUUCGCAGCGACAGGUUGGAGAACGUGGCGCCGACGACAGAAAAGUUUUUGAUCACUUUGCGUUGAGGAAACCGGUGGCGAACAGAACGAGUUCAGAUGGUGAUUAUCGACUGGAAGGCGGCUACCAGAGAAACGCUUCGAAGUUUGUGUCACCUCGGUUAACGCAGCUUACGAAGCUGGACAAGACGUCGACAUCCCCGUGGACCUCGAGCAUCGCUCGUGCAGGCAUGAACGGAUUUCACAAGCAGGUCCUGGCGCCUUCAUCCAGAGACAAUGUCGUGCCGAGCGCCGAAGAGACUUUCAUUGCGAAGAAAUACUCACUGCCCAUGAGGGCUAGCGACCAACGAAUGUAUGUGAAGGGAGGCGAGCGGUCGAAGCGAAAGACCGUUCCCAUCUUUUCCUCGACCUCUACCGAAACAGCCGAGUUUGAAAGGCCCAUGAUGCGCUCGCACUUCAGCCGAACCAACGGCCAUCGCCUCAGUCAUGCCGAAAGUGCUAGCAGCUUUAGCUCCGAACCACAAGUCGAACAGAAACAAAAGAUCUGGCUUUCUCCGGAUGACUCAGAAAACGAAGAGUCUCUUUUCUCACUCUCCGCCCAAUCGCCUGUCGUCACAACGAACUGGGUCAAAACAGUACCUGCUGAUGAUGUGAUUUUCAGGCGAAAGAAGAUUUCUGGCAACGAUAUGCCAAAGAGGAACAGAUCCACAGCAAUAAAUGAGAAGUAA